UCCCCUUCCCGUGGGCAGCCCCAGCAUUCACCCCGAGCGCAGCAGCAGAGCCCCGGGGCUGUGUCUUGCACGGCCAUGGAGCACAGGGACCGUGAGCCCCUGGUGAGGAAAACGAGCUCCUCGUACCACACCUUCCCCGAGGGCACUGCCAGGAGGCUUGACAAGGAGUACCUGAGGAGCCUCCACAACAAGCGGCUCUACCUGGCUGUGUUUGCCGCUGUCCUGGGCAACUUCAGCUUCGGCUUCGCCCUGGUUUAUCCUUCCCCCGUCAUCCCUGCCCUGGAGGCUCAUCCCAGCCCUGCGCUGCGGCUGGACCAGCACACAGCGCCCUGGUUCGGGUCGGUGUUCACGCUGGGAGCGGCGGCGGGCGGGCUCAGCACGAUGCUGCUCAACGACUGCCUGGGCCGCAAGCUGAGCAUCAUGUUCUCGGCUCUGCCCUCGGCGCUGGGAUACGCGCUGCUGGCCGGAGCCCAGGGCCUCUGGAUGCUGCUGCUGGGCCGGGUGCUGACAGGCUACGCCGGCGGAGUGACCUCCGCCUCCAUCCCGGUUUACAUCUCGGAGAUCUCCCACCCGGGGGUCAGGGGGAUGCUGGGUGCCUGUCCCCAGAUCAUGGCAGUGCUGGGCUCCCUCGUCCUGUACGCACUGGGGCUGAUCCUGGACUGGCGCUGGCUGGCCGUGGCUGGGGAGGUGCCAGUGCUUGCCAUGGUCCUCCUGCUCUGCUUCAUGCCCAACUCGCCCCGGUUCCUGCUCUCCCAGGGCAAGGAGGAGGAGGCCCUGAGCUCCUUGUGCUGGCUGAGGGGUGAGGACACAGAUUAUGCCCGGGAGUACGAGCAGAUCAAGGACAGCGUGAGGAAGCAGAGCCGUCGGGUUUCCUGUGCUGAGCUCAAGGACCCCUUCCUUUACAAGCCCAUCCUGAUUUCGGGAGUGAUGAGGUUCCUGCAGCAGCUCUCGGGGGUCACCUGCAUCCUCGUGUACCUGCAGCCAAUAUUCAAGAAAACAUCUGUCAUCCUGAAAGCAGAGUACGAUGCAGCUCUGGUUGGCCUGGUGCGUCUGUCUGCGGUGACCAUCGCUGCUGUGUCCAUGGACAAAGCUGGCAGGAAGAUUCUCCUGUUUGUAUCAGCUGCUGUCAUGUUGGUCUCCAACCUGACCAUGGGGCUCUACAUCCACUUUGAGCCAGCUUCCCACAAUGGCACCGUGGCCAACACCACCCUGAUGAGCUCUGCCAACCUCCCUGCUGAGCCAACAAACUACAUCACCCUCAUCCCCCUCCUGGCAACCAUGUUCUUCAUCAUGGGUUAUGCCAUGGGCUGGGGCCCCAUCACUUGGCUGCUGAUGUCAGAGAUCCUCCCUCUCAAAGCCCGUGGGGUUGCCUCAGGCCUCUGUGUGCUUGUGAGCUGGCUGACAGCCUUCACCCUGACCCAGUUCUUCCUCCCAGUCGUGAAUGCCUUCGGCCUCGAGGUGCCCUUCCUGUUCUUUGCUGUCAUCAGUGCUGGGAACAUCUUAUUCACAGGCUGCUGUGUCCCUGAAACCAAAGGCAGGUCCCUGGAGCAGAUUGAGGCCUUUUUCAGGACUGGCAGGAGGUCCUUCCUGAGGUAGGAGCUGCCCUUGCUCAGGCUGAGAGCAAAGCAAAUUCGUGCUGCUGGAAGUGGAGGCUGGAGCUCCCUGCGGGAGAGGAAGGGGCAGCAAUGAUCAUCUUGCUCUGGCUGUAGAAGUUGCCAGCUGGAACUUUACCUUCUCCUCCUGUCAACCCUUGGGAUGGGAGCAGGUCAUCAGCAGGGCCAGGCUGGAGAUCAAGGUGUCCUGGAAGAAUAACAGUGUGGACAGGAGGCUGUGGUUGCCCUUUGCUCAGCAGCCUGAGGGUCUGAGGGCUUGGCUGGGGCUGAGUCUACAGCUGGAGCUGCUCUGGCAAGAGCUCAUCAUGUAGCUGCAAGAAUAAAACAGUUUUGUCUCCAA